AUGACUGCCCACAACAUCCUCAAGAAGCUUCAUUUCCACAGACAAACACCCAAAUCUGACUCUUACCAAUCUACGCCCGCUGCCUCUUCAGAUAACAACAGCAUGAGCUACUAUCCCUCUGGCGGCCUGUCCCAGAUGUCUUCUCAAGUUUAUGGCUACCCUGACUCCUCUGGACAGACCCAGCAAAUGCAAUCUGUUCCUCAGGCUCAUCUGUCCGAGCAACCUCAACAAAUAGCACAUUUGGCCGGUCCACAGGUGCCUCAAGCUCAGGUUCAACCUGUCCAGUACAUUCCCCAAGAACAACAUGUCCAUGCAGCCAUACAUGGCGUCCCUCAACAGGAGCAAGAGGCUCAAAAGGACCUGUCUUCUCUUUUGCCUCAAAAAUCUGCUGUUUCCAAGGGUAAGUAUUCCUUGACCGACUUCCAUAUUAUGAGAACCCUUGGAACUGGGUCCUUCGGAAGAGUCCACUUGGUGCGCUCCGUGCACAAUGGACGUUACUAUGCCAUCAAGGUGUUGAAGAAACAGCAAGUUGUUAAAAUGAAGCAGGUUGAGCAUACCAAUGAUGAGCGCAGAAUGUUGAAAUUGGUUGAACAUCCAUUUUUGAUAAGAAUGUGGGGAACCUUCCAGGACUCCAAGAAUUUGUUCAUGGUUAUGGACUACAUUGAAGGAGGUGAGUUGUUCUCCUUGUUGAGAAAAUCUCAGCGUUUUCCUAACCCGGUCGCCAAGUUCUACGCCGCAGAGGUUGUGUUGGCCUUAGAGUAUUUGCACUCACAUGAUAUCAUCUACCGUGACUUGAAGCCCGAAAAUAUCUUGUUGGAUAGAAAUGGACAUAUCAAAAUCACUGAUUUUGGUUUUGCCAAGGAGGUGGCCACGGUGACUUGGACUUUGUGUGGUACUCCCGACUACAUUGCACCAGAAGUAAUCACUUCCAAACCAUACAAUAAGACAGUAGACUGGUGGUCAUUGGGUGUUUUGAUCUUCGAAAUGCUUGCUGGUUACACCCCAUUCUAUGACACUACGCCCAUGAAGACAUAUGAAAAGAUUCUCUCUGGAAAGAUCCAUUUUCCAAGCUUUUUCCACCCAGAUGUGGUAGACUUGUUGUCUCGUUUGAUUACUGCUGAUUUGUCUUCUAGAUUGGGUAACUUGGUGAAUGGUCCUGCCGAUAUCCGUAACCACCCUUGGUUUUCUGAGGUUGUAUGGACCAAGCUCUUAGCUAAGGACAUUGAGACCCCAUACGAGCCUCCUAUCACUGCCGGUGUCGGUGACUCGUCUUUGUUUGACCACUACCCAGAAGAGCAGGGUGAUUACGGAUCUAUGGAUGAAGAUCCUUACGCACACCUUUUCGAGGACUUCUAG